CUCCCGGGGGGCAGCUGAGGGGGCUCGGCGCAGGCGCCCUGCCCCAGGGGGUUCGCCGGCCGGCCGGCCCUCGGCAGUGGGGAGGGGGUGAGGCGAGGGAGGCCGGCCACACAAAGCCCCGGCUCCUCCCGCCCUCCCCUCUCGGCGAGGCGGACAGCGCCCGGCUGCUCCCGCCGCUGCGGGCAGGAGGCCGAGCCAGGAGUUCAAGACAUUCAGUGGAGUCUUCCCAGGGAAGAUGUCGUCUGUGACAAUGGAAGCCCGUUGUCUGGAAAAGAGAGGAAGUUUCUUUAAGCUCAUUGACACAAUUGCCUCAGAAAUUGGAGAACUGAAACAAGAGAUGGUACAGACAGAUCUCAUGCUGGAAGAUGGAUCCACUGAUUUGCAAAGCCUAGUAAAGGACAUGGAUAAUGUCUGUCCUGAGAAAAAGGACUUAAAAGGCUGUCCCCGGGACUCUGGCUAUGACAGCCUCUCCAAUAAACUCAGCAUACUAGAUAAACUUCUCCACACCCAUCCUGUGUGGCUACAGCUUGGCCUGAAUGAUGCUGAAGCAGUGGAAAUUCUGCAGUCCCAGCCUCCUGGAAUCUUUCUGGUUAGGAAAUCCACAAGAAUGCAGAAGAAAGUCCUUUCGCUCCGUCUACCCAAUGAAUUUGGAUCUCACCUCAAGGAAUUUGCAAUAAAAGAAAGCACAUACACCUUUUCAUUGGAGGGCUCUGGAAUAAGUUUUGCUGAUUUAUUCAGGCUCAUCGCUUUCUACUGUAUUAGCAGGGAUGUCCUGCCAUUCACCUUGAAAUUGCCUCAUGCUAUUGCGGUAGCAAAGACAGAAGCUGAACUUGAAGACAUUGCUCAGCUGGGACUGAAUUUUUGGAGCUCUCCGGCUAACAACAACCCCCCAAAUCCUUCACCUCCCCGUAGGCCUCUGCCCUCAGACAAUGCUUGCAAAGACUCACGUCAGCUCUGUCUUAUAAAUGGAGUGCAUUCUAUAAGAACCAGAACGCCUUCGGAGCUGGAGUGUAGCCAGACCAACGGAGCCUUGUGUUUUAUUAAUCCUCUCUUCUUAAAAGUGCACAGCCAGGAUGUUAGUGGAAGUUUGAAAAGGCAGAGCCCAAGAACUCAAGAUGUGAAUGGGACAGAGAAGCCUCGCUCCCCCCCACCCAGACCUCCACCACCUUCUAUUAAUAGCCUUCUCACAAGUCCACAGCUCUCCAGGACUAUAAAGCAGGGGAGCAUGCCAGGAACAGUCAACCAUAACAAACAUAGGAACUUGGAUUUGCUGCAGAAGAAACCAACCCCUGUUCCGCCUCCUCGUCUAAAGAAGCAGGCUGUUUGCUUAGAAGGGGAAGGUAAUGCAAAGACCUUGGCAGUAAUUCGAUCUAGUCACAACUCAGUGCAUGGGUCAGAAACUGCUAGCGUUCCAGGUGAAGCCCUGUGUGAGCAAAAUUUAGCAGCUUGCAGAAAGACCUUGGCUACAAACUCUGAGUCACAAGUACAGUGGAAUGGAGGCAGGCAGAGACUGAGCGACAUGAGCAUUUCCACCUCCUCAUCCGACUCGCUGGAUUUUGAUCGUAGUAUGCCAUUGUUUGGCUACGAAGGGGACACUAACAGCAGCCUGGAGGACUUUGAAGGGGAAAGUGACCAGGAAAGUAUGGCACCCCCUUUGAAGCCCAAAAAGAAACGGAACAGUUCAUUUGUUCUCCCCAAGAUUGUGAAAUCCCAGCUGAGGAAAGUAAGUGGGGUGUUCAGUUCUUUCAUGACCCCCGAAAAAAGGAUGAUCAAGAAAAUUGCAGAGCUGUCCCAGGACAAGCGCACUUAUUUUGGGUGCCUGGUGCAGGACUAUGUCAGCUUUCUCCAGGAAAACAAGGAAUGCCACGUUUCGAGUACUGACAUGUUACAGACAAUUCGGCAGUUCAUGACACAAGUUAAGAACUAUUUGUCACAAAGCUCUGAACUGGACCCCCCCAUUGAGUCACUGAUUCCAGAAGACCAAAUAGAUGUUGUGCUGGAGAAGGCCAUGCACAAGUGUAUCCUGAAGCCCUUGAAAGGCCACAUUGAAGCAAUGCUGAAAGAAUUCCAUACUGUGGAUGGCUCUUGGAAACAGUUGAAAGAAAACCUGCAGCUAGUGCGGCAGAGGAAUCCUCAGGAACUGGGUGUAUAUGUCCCAACACCGGACUUUGUGGACGUUGAAAAGAUUAAAGUCAAGUUCAUGAGCAUGCAGAAAAUGUAUUCACCUGAAAAGAAAGUCAUGUUGCUGCUGAGAGUGUGCAAACUGAUUUACACUGUCAUGGAGAAUAACUCAGAUGCGAUACACCGAUCCCCAAACGCGCUUCCCGUCGACUCCGGAACUCCACCAGGGCGAGAGGCAGAAACGGAGUCAACGGGGGAGCGGCGGCCGCCGAUCCUGCACCGCAAGGACACAAAUGUCUGUGCUCCUUUUCCUCCAGGGAGGAUGUAUGGAGCGGAUGACUUCUUGCCAGUGCUGACCUAUGUAGUGGCCCAGUGUGACAUGCUGGAGCUUGAUACUGAAAUUGAAUACAUGAUGGAACUGUUGGAUCCGUCUUUACUACAUGGAGAAGGAGGCUAUUACCUGACAAGCGCGUAUGGAGCACUUUCUUUGAUCAAGAAUUUCCAGGAAGAACAAGCAGCCCGAUUGCUGAGUUCAGAAGCCAGAGAUACCCUUCGGCAGUGGCAUAAGAGGAGGACAACUAACAGAACAAUUCCUUCAGUUGAUGAUUUUCAGAACUACCUUCGAGUUGCAUUUCAGGAGGUUAACAGUGGCUGUACAGGAAAGACCUUAUUAGUAAGACCUUAUAUCACCACAGAAGAUGUGUGUCAGCUCUGUGCUGAAAAAUUUAAAGUGGACAGCCCAGAAGAUUAUAGCCUGUUUCUUUUUAUCGAUGAUACCUGGCAGCAGCUAACAGAAGAUACUUACCCUCAGAAGAUUAAGGCAGAGCUGCACAGCCGGCCACAACCCCAGGUUUUUCACUUUGUAUACAAGCGCAUUAACAGUGAUCCUUAUGGUGCCAUUUUCCAGAACAAUGAUGACAACUCCACUUUAUAGAACAGAUGCUUGUUAUUUGUGUUCCUUGUUGAAAACAUCUCUUGGGUGGCUGUCUUCUUCUUUAGGAGGCAAAACAGUCUGUAGAUUAAAUGCCUCGUAAGAACACGAGCAGCAGCUUUUAGCACUGCCUAUAGAAAAUGUACAUACAGUACUUACGGCCAAUUGUGCAGUAUAUGCUACCACAGUGUCUGAGUGAACAACCCAUUCGGCUGAGUUUCUUGGUACACAGAUUCUUCUGAAGUAUGUUACACUGUGGCCCUCUGCAGGUCUAUCCCUGUAAACAUACUGAGAUUAAGUUUCUCAUACUGACCCUUCAGCCAAAUGUUGUCUUGAUUUAAACAUGUAGUCUAGACAAACUUUUGGGUGGACUGGCGGGUACACUUUCAAUUUCACCAGCAUAAGUGUGACAAAACUGUCCGAUGCAGGGCAUCAAUUAAUUCCCAAUUAUGUGGAUGGUUGCAUCCUUUUCUAUCUAAAACUAAUUUUUUUUUUACAGAAAGACUCCAUGUUUUUAUGUAUUUCAUAGAAAUUUUAUAGCAGUUGCAGGUAAACUGUAAGGGUGGGUUUUUUAAAUAUUUUUUUAACUAUAAAGUAUCUAUAAUUAUGCAUGUGACUUUAACAUUUAAUAUACAAAAAUAAAUCUCUUGCUGGUUUUAGAGUAUUGCAUUAAAUGUCUGUGUUUUUUCUCUUCCUCGUUACUGGAGGGUUUUAUGCAACUUUUGUUUUGAGAUUGUGUUCCUGUAAGCAAUUUGUAUUGUUGACACUGGCCACUUAGAUGCCUUUAAAUGAACCUGACGUACUGUUAUCCAGACUAUUGUUUAUAUACAGCAGUUUUAGACAAGCAGAUACAAGCGUGUGGGGGGGCAUGAAAUAAAUGGAUGUGUAGAGAAGAAGUAGAGAAUGUAGAGAAACUAAUUUAGGAAUCAAAUGUUUUAGUCUGCUGGUUCAGGCGCCUUGCAAAUAAUGGGUGAAGGAGAUUGAUAAGGAACAAUUGUAUGUUUAAAGUACUGUAGAUAUGCUGAUGGAUAACUCUCCCAGAUAGUAGUUGUGUUAGCAAAGGAUUAAAAGCACCAAUAAAAUGGAUGAGAACACUAACCAUUUUAUAUAGAUUGAUACUAGCAACCUCAAACAUGUUUUUGACUGAAACAAAGAUUGUUGUAGCUUUUGAUGAAUCUGAGAUUGUCUUUAGACAAGAGAGAACCUGUAAAGACACCUGAAAGUCAAAGCCUUAAACAUAGAAAGAUACAAUGAAAUUAAACGUUUAUGUUCUAUAAAACCUGUUCAAAAUACUGAAUAUUGUGGUUGAAAUUCUGGCCCCCAUUGAAGUCAAUGACAGUUUUACCACUGACUUUAAUAGGGCCAGGAUUUCUCCCUAAAUUCUCGUAGCAGUGUAAUUGAAGACAAGUGGUCACAAGAACAUAGACCUUGGACUUGUACGGAUGUGUAUAUAUAAGAUCUGUACCUUUUUCAUGUUUGGUUUGCCACAUACCUGAAAUCCUUGGCACAUGUUUGUGUGUUUUUCAUUUUGUAAAUGAUAAACAAUGAGUUUUGCACAUAAUACAUUGUA